AUGCAUGCCCACAACCACUCACACCCACACCCAGAUGAUGAAAAAUUGAUAUCAGCAACAUCAUCAACAUCGUAUAUACAGCAACAUUAUCAGAGUCUGAUUAAUUGUACAUUUCAAGAGCGUCCCAUUAGUAGACGCCAAGGUGAUUAUGAUAUAGAAGAUCCAACUGUACAUGUUCGAGAAAAAUUAAUUGUGUUUUGUCAAGAAUUAGUUGAAGCAGUUAAAACACGUUUAGAAGAUGCACCAUCCGUUUUUUUGUUAAUGAAAAGCUGUCUUGAUGUGUCGUCUUUAUACGAACAAGUUGUAUUGAUUGGUCAGCAAACAUUGGAAGAUUAUGGACAAUCAGCUUUACAAAAACUAAUUGAUUUUACUCUACUGAAUUCAACGGAUAUACAAGUAAAGGUGACUUCUAUACAACAACAAUAUGCGGAAUGGAAACGAAGAUGUUUAUUUGAAAUUGUUGAUAAAGAUACAUUUGGUAUUUGGACAACUGACGGAAAAAUAAUUACAUCGAAAGUAAUGAAAACAUUUUUUUACCAACAAAAAGCUAGCCGAUGGUAUUCAUGA